AUGGAUGGCAAGGAGGUCGUAUCGACAGGUGCAGCAAUUAUAACAUUCGACCUAAUUUAUCGCCCCGAAGAACUAAAACUGGGUUGGGAGAGUGUUUCAGUUGAUGAAUACAUUCCAAACCCAAUGAAAUGCCAAAACUGCCAGAAACUAGGUCAUACCAGGAAGCGUUGCCGAAAUAUAGAAAUAUGUAAAGAAUGCGGAACACCAACACCACAUGAUUCUUGUACCAGAAAAUUUUGCGUAAAUUGCCAACUUGAUUCGCAUACAUCAUAUGAUCCAAACUGUCCAACUUUUUGGAAACAUAAGUCAGUAAAUCAUCUAAGAAUAUCAAGAAGAUGCACAAAUCGUGAAGCUUGGGAUAUCUACAACAAUAAUCCUAUAACUAACACCCUCAAACCUGUUCCUAGAAGAGGCACUAAUAUACGAACAUAUGCACAAGUAUUAAACGAUCAACAGGCAAGCAACAACUUCUCAAAUUCUACAACAACCAUUCUACAGAACAAGUCAAAACACGUUGCAUCAGAAAACGUUACAAAUACUAACAACAAAAACGAAAAUUCAACAAACAACACAACACACUCAACAAAAACCACAGUUUCUCCUUUGAAAAUUAAAAUCUCAUCUACAUCACUUAACAACAACGAAAUUGAUUCUCCCUCGAAACAAAUUACAACACCAAUGAACACAACAAUUUUUUCUCAAGAUAAUCAAGCAUCUUCCCCAACGUUAAAUAUUUCUGCAGAACAAAAUAAAAUACUCGAAACAACAACAUCAGCUACUUACAAACAAAACAAUGACGAUAUAUUCUAUAGAGAUGACACUUUGAUGAACGAUAACUUCAGCUCAAAUAUAAAUUUCGAUGAUGAUUUAACUGAGGAUAUGAUUGUCAGUGAUAUAAGUGAAGGUUUAGGACUGGCUUCUCCUCCUAGACAGGAUUCCUGUAGCCCAAACUGUGAGACAACACCUACAUCACAAUUAUUUAAGACUUUUCCCGAUUUAAAUGUAAUCAUUACACCGAAAACAUUCAAAAAAACAAAAAAUGUUAUGAAAAGUGACGAAAAAUAA